AUGGCCUUCUUCGUCUCGCUCCUUUUCUUGCUUCACCGCCGCUAUGGUCGCGGCAAGUCAACGUCGAAUAAUAAGAGCAAGGGCCGCCUUCCUCCUGGACCACCGGCGCUGGUGUUCCUGGCCAAAUUCUUGGUCCUGCGGCGAUCGAUCUUCGACCUGGCACCGCUGCUCCGGGACCUGCUCGCGCGCCAUGGCCCCGUCAUCUCUGUCCACCUCUUCACCACGCUGGUCUUCGUCGCCGACCGCCGCCUCGCGCACCGCGUCCUCGUCCGGGACGGCGCCACCUUCGCCGACCGCCCGCCGCUCGUCGAGCCGGACCCGCUCUUCUGCGCCGGCGACAUCAACACCGCGCCCUACGGUCCCUACUGGCGCCUCGUCCGCCGUAACCUCGCCGCUGACGCGCUGCACCGCGCCCGCGUCAGCCUCUUCGCGCCGGCGAGGCGGUGGGCUUGCUAG